CAGCCAUUUUAUCCCAGUUCCCAGUUCAUCACGGCACAUAACUCUCCACACAUAAAGCUCCGCUCCUGGACCACUGAACUCACCUGUGAAAAGGACCAACAAAACAGAAAAAAGUCAAGAUGUGCUGCUCGGGGUUCCUGAAAAUUAUUAUGUUCGUCUUCAAUGGCGUCAUCUUCUUGGCAGGUGCUGCAAUCCUGGGUGUAGGGAUCUGGGUGACAGUAGACAGCAGCUCCAUACUUGGUGUAUUAUCUCAUAUUAAAGAUGCGCCCCCCGAGUUGGCUCAGCUGGCUAAUGUGGGCUACCUGCUGAUCGCUGUGGGGUCCAUACUCGCCAUCAUGGGCUUCCUGGGCUGCUGUGGAGCCAUAACUGAGAACAAGUGCAUGCUUCUUACAUUCUUCAUCAUCGUGCUUAUCAUCUUCAUUGCUGAGGUGGCCGGGGCCAUUGUAGUUCUGGUGUUCAAGCCUUUGGCGGAGGACAUUUUGGUCAAACUGAACGAGAAUUUUGUUAAGACCAUCCAGACGGAAUACGGAAAAUAUGACGAAUUUACAACUGUCCUGAAUAACACUAUGCAACAGUUGAAAUGCUGUGGAUACAACAACUACACCGACUUCAAAGAAUCUCCUUUUGUAACAUCCACCGAGCUUUACCCACCAACUUGCUGCCUUAAAAAUACUUCAGCGUGUAAUCUGAAUACAGCACAAACUGAGGAAGUAAAAGGUUGUUUCAAAGCUCUAGUCAAUCUGAUAGAAGAAAAUGCAGUUUUGUUAGGAGGCGUGGCGCUUGGCAUCGGUGCUCUAGAGAUUGCUGCGAUGGUUGUGUCCAUGGUCCUAUACAAUAACAUUGGGAAAUAAUUACAAAAGCUAAAGUUGCUGCAAGCACUGAUGUAUGCACUUCUUCUUAGUACGACUGACUUCAGUGCAGGCUGAUUGCUGUCUUACAGCUGCCUAUUGAUACAAAUUCUUAUGAGUCAACCCUUAUGAAAAGUUACCAGCGGUUAAGGUCAGGGUUUGAAGGGGUUCAUUAGUUUAAAAAAAAAAAACAAAAAAAAAAACAGCUCAUUUGAAUUUAUUAUAAUUCCUGUGAAUAUUGCAAGAGAUCCGAUAACAUAGGCUUCACCUGAGCUUGCUAAUAAGACUAAGGAUGAAUAAGUGCUAGUUAGUUAUUUAUUGUUUUGAUGACCUAUUAAUCAGAGCAUUGUCACCCACUCAUAUUGUUAGACUCCGGUCUAGUCUAGCUUUGAUUUUCCUGUUUCAUGUUCUUCCUGUUUACUCAGUCAUAAAAACAAAGUACUGUGUACCACUGGUCAUGAUGCAUACGUUAAAUGUAUACUGUCUUGUAAUACUAUAAAAAAUAAAAUAAAAAUUAUAAAUAAAUUUUAAAAAAAGAAGGACAAAAAAAGGUCCUGUUCUAUUGGCUAUAUUUUUCUUCUGUUUUAACUGAAGUGCAUAACUUUUUCUGCCAAUAGAACAAGACUAGAAACACAAUAAUAUUAUAAUAAAAUAUAUUAUAUUUUCAUUUGCUAUCAUUUUUUUCACUCUAUUAUGUAUGUAUUGUUGUAUGUUGUAAUGAAAUGUACUGAAAUGUGUAUUUGUGUACAUCUAAAUGAAAUAUUUUCUCAAAUUGUC